GGCCGGGGGAGUAUUUGUUGUAAGGCUUGAUGCUCUGCUCGGGCCACUCUCGCUCGGUCUGACCGACUCCGACUCCUCCCGCAGUGGGCUUGGGCUUGGGCUUCGGGCGCACCGUUGACGACGUGUGCUUGCUCGCUCUCGCUGCUCCUGCUGCAUGCAUGCCCGCGCCUUCCUCUCAGCUCCGCUCCGCUCUUGCUGCCGCUCCCCCAUCCCCUCCCCCUGCCCCAACCCCUGCCCCCCUUCCUUCCUUCCCUCCCUCGCUCGCUCGUUCCAUCGCUUGCCUGCCUCCCUCCCUCCUGGUGCUUGCCUCCUCUUCCACCGCGCCACUGCUCCUCCCCCGCCCGACUUUUGUCAUCCUCCUCCACCUUCGCUGAUCACUACAUCUUCCCUUCCCCCACCACCUGCUCAGCAUCGCAGCACAGCAGCUUCCUGGGAGAGCCGCUCCCACACAAGCUUGCUCUGGCUCCCCUCCCCCUCUCUCUCUCUCACUGCACUACUGCACCUCGCCUCGCCUCGCCUCGCUCCUCCUCCUCUUCCUCUCCUCGCCUCUGCUCUGCUCUCGCCAUUCGCCUCGCCCUUCUUCCCUAUCUUCCCGGCCUCUUUCUCCUAUUCCACGGACGCAUAUUCAUCCAGUCGUGCUGCGCAGCGGGUCCCCUGGUCGACGAGCAAGACUUACUUCUUGAGGCCUCGCGGUGCGUGUAUCGUCGGGAGAGAUAGAGAGAGGGUGCGCGAUAGAGAAGCGGCGAGGGAGGGUCGUUCGACGGAGCGGGCGUGACGAGUUUUUUUUUGCGCGCACGAGAGAGCGCGCAGGGACAGAUUGGGCCCGCGUAGCGUAGCCCUCGCAGCGCGGAAGAAGUGACAUUGUGCGAAUUGGCUGCUUCUUCUAGGUUUCGGAGGCGAGAUUGAGGCGUCGGAAGUGUCGGGGUUGCCCGCCGGUCGAUGCGCUUUGCCUCGCUCGCAGUCGAGGCGGCAGCGGAGGAGGCUCGUGGGCGAGUCGACGAGCAUGGGGUCAGUGGCAUUGUGCAUUCAACCGGAGGUAUGAAGGCCGCAGGUCUCUGAGCAGAUUGUCUCGGAAGGAUCUGCGAUCAGGCCCCCCGGUGGUGCUCUGCCCGCGGCUCCGCGCGUUUGAGACGAGUGCGCACUCGUUUCCGUAGUGGUCCCAGCUCCGGAAGCUGUAAUAUUAUGUCUUUUAAAGGUGGAGGGCCUUGAUAUUCAACAGGUGAUGCGGAGGAAAGGAAGAGAAAGGGUUCUCCGGAACGUAUCCGAGUUCUGAAACCCUUCGUGACAGCUGCACCGGUGCUUCGGCGUGGAAUGAUCACCUCGCCUCCCGUCGUCCAGCGCAAGCGAGGCUAAGAGCCUCCGAGAGUUGGUUUGCUUUGGGAGCGCUGCAGCUCUGCAGGGCUUCAAUAAUAGUUAGAAGAGGACAGCCCCGUCUGUGGUCGCUGCUGUCGACAGGUUGCCCGGCGCAUCCCUCGAGAAGAUGCCACCAAACUUCGAUUUUGUGGAUUGGUGGAACAAAGAAUCGCACAGAGGAACACCCGUGGUCGUGAAGAUGGAGAAUCCGAAUUGGUCCAUGCUCGAACUGGAAAGCCCUAAGACUCCCUUCGCCAACAGCGAGAAGGAUAAGGGGAAAAAUGCCAAGCAGCUCACCUGGGUCCUUCUGCUCAAGGCUCACCGCGCAGCAGGAUGUUUGGCGUGGAUGGCUUUGGGUCUGUGGACGGUUUUGAAUGCGAUUAAGAAGCGGCUAAUUCUGAGGCAGGGAGUUGCUCCUCAAUCCGACAAGCCGCACAAGGGGAAACUUUACAAGUUCAUUACAGGUUUCUUGACUUUCGCCGUGUGUAUGCUGGUGUUUGAGAUCGCCGCUCACCUUAUGGGAUGGCACUUCAGUCGCCCUCAAUUCCACAUGCCCAACUCCCUCUCUCUCCAAGGCCUCCUUCAGACCGUCUAUCAGACGUGGGUCUUCGUCAGGUUGAAAUACAUUGCCCCGCCUCUCCAAAUGCUUGCGGAUGGGUGCAUUGUGCUGUUCCUGAUCCAGUCGGCCGACAGAGUGAUCCUCUGCCUGGGAUGCGCCUGGAUCAAGAUCAAGGAUCUGAAGCCCAUUCCGAAAGUGGCCUCGCUCGAGUCGGAUGAUGCGGAAAAUCCCGAUGCCGGAUACCCCAUGGUUCUGUUGCAGAUUCCAAUGUGUAACGAGAGAGAGGUCUACGAGCAAUCCAUAUCAGCUGUCUGCCAAAUCGAGUGGCCAAGACACCGCAUGCUGGUGCAAGUUUUGGAUGAUUCCGAUGACGAGGAUACCCAGAUGCUUAUCAAGGCUGAAGUCCAGAAGUGGCACAUGAAGGGCGUCAAUAUUGUAUACAGACAUCGAGUCAUCCGAACCGGUUACAAGGCUGGAAACUUGAAGUCUGCCAUGAACGUUGACUAUGUCAAGGAUUACGAAUUUGUAACUAUAUUUGAUGCCGAUUUUCAGCCCAAGUCCGAUUUCUUGAAGAGAACUAUCCCUCAUUUCAGGGAUCAACCCGAGCUGGCAUUGGUCCAGUCCAGGUGGACAUUUGUGAACAGAGAUGAGAAUCUUCUUACUCGCCUUCAAAACAUCAAUCUGUCCUUCCACUUUGAGGUUGAGCAGCAAGUGAAUGGUAUCUUUAUCAACUUUUUCGGCUUCAAUGGAACUGCCGGGGUGUGGAGAAUCAAGGCAUUGGAGGAUUCAGGUGGUUGGUUGGAGAGGACCACUGUCGAGGAUAUGGAUGUUGCAGUCAGGGCACAUUUGAAGGGAUGGAAGUUCGUCUUCUUGAACGAUGUUGAGUGCUUGUGUGAAUUGCCAGAGUCGUACGAGACCUACAGGAAGCAGCAGCACCGUUGGCACUCCGGUCCCAUGCAGCUGUUCCGACUGUGCUUACCAGACAUCAUCACAUCUAAGAUCUCGAUUUGGAAGAAAGGGAACUUGAUAUUCCUCUUUUUCCUCCUGAGGAAGUUGAUUUUGCCGUUCUAUUCUUUCACCCUGUUCUGCAUUAUUCUUCCCUUGACCAUGUUCGUGCCUGAAGCUCAGCUGCCUGCCUGGGUGGUUUGCUACAUCCCUGCCAUCAUGUCUUUCAUGAACGUGUUUCCGGCACCUAAAUCCUUCCCCUUCCUUGUGCCAUAUCUAUUGUUUGAGAAUACAAUGUCAGUGACCAAGUUCAAUGCCAUGAUCUCUGGAUUGUUCCAAAUGAGCAGCGCCUACGAGUGGGUUGUGACCAAGAAAUCUGGAAGAGCUUCCGAGACUGACCUUGCCAGUCUUGUCGAGAAGGAGACUCCACAACCUCCCAGUAUCCGACACAACCGGGGUACUUCAGAGUCUGGCCUUGAUGUUCUAGCGAGAUUACAGGAGCAGCAACCAGUUGCGCCGGUUGUUGUCAAGAAGAAGGUGAACAGGUUGUACAGAAAGGAGUUGGCACUGUCCUUCCUGCUGCUGACAGCAGCUGCCAGGAGUUUGCUGUCGGCUCAAGGGGUUCACUUCUACUUUCUACUGUUUCAAGGGGUUUCGUUCCUGGUUGUCGGCCUCGAUCUGAUUGGCGAGCAAGUAAGCUGAGGAUUUAUCAAGUCUGCGAAUGUUAAUAGCUGCCAACGGAGUGGAUGCGUAAGUGGAAAUGGUUAGAGUAUAGCACAGAUGGUACAUUCACAUUGUGUCUAGCCCAAACCAGGCGGUUGUUGAUGGUGGCAAACUCGAGCCCACGUCAAUCGACAAGCAAGCAACCUCCGAUUUGGCUUAGUCACUCUGGUUUGUAGUAAGCAAUCUAAGGACUCCUUAUGGCGAGGUGGGCGGCUUACUCCUAGGAUCAUGAAGACGGAGCGGCAAUUUACAUCACAUGCAUGCGGCUUCUCUUCGGUGUCCUUGAUUCAGGACUGAAGAUUUUUGGGUGACAGGCAAAAGUAAUCUACGUAAGUCUCAUGAGAUGCUGAAGAUUCUGCAGAUGGGAGCAUCUUGAAGUGAAGGCUUGUCCUUGAAGUGAGAGUAUUAAGAGAAGCCAAGCCAGCCUAUUUGAGUUGCUCUCCUAUUUGAUCAUCGCCAGUUGGAAGUAGUCCAGGCCGCAUCUCUGGCACCUCUGUGAUUGAUGCGCCUCCAUUUCGAGGUUUACAGAGUGUCUUCUAAUCUGGAUCGAAGGCUGUGUCCUCAGCGAAUGUACGGUUCUGUGCAUCAGCGGGCUUUGACACUUUUACCCUUGUAUUGUGAAGAAGAGACCGCAAAGGUGUCAUUAGACUAGGGUAGGCCAGCCUACUUAUCAAUUGCUGGAAGGUACCUCAUCCUCCCUUUAUUUAUUUGUGUUAAAUUCUCAGGUCAUUCUUUUGAGCCCCAUACCAACCUCAUCAUUAUUUUAGACGCCCUCCCAAUUUAAGGGUAUGCUUAGGAUACUACCCUUUCGCAGUUCUGCCGGCAUGCUUGCUACAUCAACAAAGGACUCCUGUACUAAAAGUUGUGCCUCCGGCUUAUGUGAAUAAAUUACCAACGUCAAUGUAACUGGGUGGGAAUUCAAUUUCUGCAAUUCUUGCUUGGAGGCUGUGUGCUUGUUUGCAUACCUUCUUAGUAAGGGCAAUUGAUUAAAGCUUUCUGGCAAAACAGAC